GAUGUUUCGCCUUCGAGUUCUUGCUGCUGUGGCAGGCUUAGAGGCUGUUUCCCGAUGUUAUCAUGGAAUGGCACAUCCCACCAGAAGCAGGCAAAGACUUAUGAUGGCAGCUUUCAUAGGAACAACUGCAGCAACAGCGAGUGCUGGACUCCUAUGGAAGAGAGCCCAUGCAGAAGCAUCGUCAUCUGUAAAACACAAUGCAAGGACAGAAACUAAUGAAAGAGUGAAGGAUCAAGAAGAGGAGGAGAAUAGCGAUGAUAGAAAGACUGUCGAGUCAAGUGGUGGAGGGGCUCAGCCCGAAGAGAAGAAGAAGAAACAACGUUCUGGAUUUAGAGAUCGUAAGGUGAUGGAGUAUGAGAACAGGAUACGGGCCUACUCCACUCCAGACAAAAUCUUCAGAUACUUUGCCACCUUAAAAGUAAUACAUGAGCAUGGAGAAUCCGAGGUUUUUAUGACACCACAAGAUUUUGUGAGAUCCAUUACUCCUAAUGAAAAACAACCAGAACACCUAGGUCUGGAUCAGUUUGUAGUGAAGCGGUAUGAUGGAAAGACAGAGAAGUUAUCCCAAGAACGAGAGAAGUUUGCUGAUGAAGACAGUAUAUUUUAUACACUUGGAGAAUGUGGACUCAUCUCUUUUUCUGACUACAUCUUCCUCACUACAGUUCUCUCCACUCCCCAGAGGAAUUUUGAAAUUGCCUUCAAGAUGUUUGAUUUGAAUGGUGAUGGUGAAGUGGACAUGGAGGAGUUUGAACAGGUCCAGAGCAUUAUUCGCUCCCAAACCAGCAUGGGCAUGCGUCACCGAGAUCGUUCUACUACAGGAAAUACUCUAAAGACUGGCUUCAACUCUGCCCUGACGACAUACUUUUUUGGAUCUGAUCUGAAAGGAAAGCUGACAAUCUCAAACUUCUUAGAGUUCCAGCGCAAACUUCAGCAUGACGUUCUGAAGCUUGAGUUGCAUACUUGUUUUGAGUCUGAAGGUUUUUUCAGAUUAGUAAUUUUUGUAAAACUCAUUGUUUACUGCAUUCUAUUAAUAAUGUAUCCUUAUUUUAUUUCAGUUACCAUGCAGCAGGUAGCCAGGACAGUGGCAAAAGUGGAGCUCUCAGACCAUGUGUGUGAUGUGGUGUUUGCUCUUUUUGAUUGUGACGGGAACGGAGAGUUGAGUAACAAGGAGUUUGUUGCCAUUAUGAAGCAGCGACUUAUGAGAGGUUUGGAGAAGCCCAAAGACAUGGGAUUUACACGACUCAUGAGGGCAAUGUGGAAAUGCGCGCAGGAGACAGCUUGGGACUUUGCUAUGCCCAAACAAUAACUGCAGCAAAUGGAAGAACCUGGUUUACAACAUGUUAUUGGGGCCAUAAAUCUGUCUGUACUGCUCCUGCAAAACAUGCCAUUGUCAGAUGCUCUGCAGAUGAACACUCGUCACACAAAACUCUACUGAAUGAUAACAGACCCAUUGCUACAUUGAACUAGAAAAAAACCACCCAAAAGACAGACUAUUAACAACUGGAGUUUUUCCAAACACCAGAACAGAAAUUGGAGUCUAUUGUAUCUUCUGCUUUAAUUUUUCCACUGUUGAUGCCUCUUUAAUAUUAAUCUCUCAGGAAAAUUACAAGAAUAAUUAGUUCUGUGUAUUGCAGCCACCAGUUUCAUCUCCAUGGUACGCUCCAGUGUCCAACAAACCCAGGAUUUUAUGUAGAAUUGAAUAUGGAUAGCUUCAGAGAACAACAUUGGUCGGAAUAGUCCCAUAUGGGUCAAGCAGUGGAACAGAAAUGCCUAGCAAAUAUACUAGUAACAAAUCCUAGUCUUUUGCUCCUGAAUUAUUUUUAGUUUAGAUUUUAAGCGUUAUUUACAAAAAGUGUGUUUAGAAUGAGCUUUCGAAAGAGAGCUGGGUUUAUAGAAAACAAUAUCAACCUUUGUUUAUUACGGAAGCUGUCCAUAAGAUUAAGGGCAGAGGGGGUCCAGCAAGGGUGAGAAGAAUGCCAGAGAAAUUUCUUCUAUAGGACUGUUUUGUUUUUCCCAGUUGGAUUUCUUAUCUUGCAAGCUUGAUGUGAAAUAGGGAUAUACCUGGUCAAGCAGGGGGCUGCCUUGGAUAUAAGGAAUUUAAAAUGGCUUAAUUUUUUCCCCACCUUUCUCCUGCCUUGCAUAAGCAACCUAACAUAUAUGCUCUUUGUAAUUCUCUUUUUAAUAAGGGGAUCCUCCCCCGGUGAGACUGUCCUUCUAUAUGGGGUAUUGGCUUUAAAGCUGCUAUUUACUGAAUGCUUGAACAUUGUAAAAUAUUACUUUAAUUACAUUGGUUCACAACAAAAGCAAA